UAGACCGUCCAGCUGUUAGUGGCCGCUUGUGUCACCCCAGUGGAUAGAAAUACUCGCCAAUAGUACUUAACCUUCAUCAGACGACAAGAUACCCGUAGCAGGAGGAGCGGCCAUGCCCGGGGGAAAAACUCCGAUGGGUCGUAACAGAUUCUACGGCAACUCUCACGGCCUGCCGGGGCUUCCCAAGUCCCAAAUGCCACUUGGAGGUCACCCUCGCCCACGUGCUCCUCCCUUGAUGCCACCACCGCCACAACGGCUGCCGCAGCAGAUGGCACGAUCACCGCAACCGCUGCCUCAACCCAUAACAAUUACACAACCAGACCCAAUGGCAGGUCGCAGGAUGGAGAUGUUGGAACAGCGCCUCAACGCCACAGAGCAGAGCAACCGAGCACUCCUUGACGAACUGAUGCGUCUACAGCAGGACCUUAAGAUGAACGUCAAGAGGAACGAAAUGGGGCUGGUGGAGGAGAAGGAGGCAAGGACCCGCCUGGAGAACACAUUCAGACAGUCACAGAACAAAAACUAUGAGUACGAGGACAGGAUGAGGCGGUGUGAGGAGGCACUGAAGGAGAACCGCAACGCUGUACAACAGAUGGUCUCCCACACCAAGAGCAUAGAGAGGGCCAUCUCCACCUCCCAGCAAGAGCAGAUGGAGCGUCGUGGUAACAGUGCCCAGAAACUGCAGGAGUACAAGCACGAGGUGAUGAAGAUGAACCAGAGUAAGGAGCAGCUGGAGCGACUGUGCUUCUCGCUGAGAGACGAGAUGAGGGAAACGGCAUCUAAGGUGGACAACCUCACGCAGGAGAUGACAUCACUCGAGGGCAACGUCAGGAUGCAGGGCCGCCUCCUCGAGGACAACAGCAAGCGGGUCUUGACCCCAGCCAAACCCACCCCAAUAAAUACUCCGGUUCUCCCGCUGCCUCCUCCCCCCAGGUCCGACGAUAAGAUGUCAGAGACAGCCAGACUGGCCAUUGAGGGCAAAUUGAUCCAUAUGAACACUAACAUCCAGGACCUGACGCAGCGCCUCAACCAGGAGGCCAAGAAGAGAGAGAAGGUGGAGACAGAGGUUAAUAUCAGGAUGAACGAGCUUCUAGAGGACUACGGGAGCACCAAGGUGGAGAAAGACAAAGAGAUGAGAGAAUUCGAUGACAAGAUGAAAGAACUACAAGCAGGGUUCAGCGCCAGCGAGAAGCAGCGCAUCCUGAUGGAGAUCUCAUCAGUGGCCCAAGACCUCUCCCGCAAGAUGGACGAGAAGGACGUCAAGCUACGAGACGACACUGUCAACAAGCUUGCAGUGAUCGAAAACACCCUGUUGGAGGAGAACAAGAGGAGAGCCGACAAGGAGAAGGAACUGCAGGAUAAAGUAGAAGCCCAGAUGAAGGAAGCCAAGUUAUACGGUGACUCGGGAACAGACUCUCUCAAGAAACACAUCGAUCAACACGAGGAGCAGACGAGAAACAAACUUGGGGAAAUGGCCAACAACAUAAGCAACUUGGAUAGUCAGAUGAACGAGCACCGCCUCCAGCAGGAGAAGGUGCUCGCUGCUGAGAUCACCGAGAGGAACAACGCCAUUAAGGCGGUGGAGGGUAAAGUGGACGACGUUGACCACCGAGCAAGGAUGGGUAUAGCUCAGUUGCAGGCGGCUGUUGGGGACGCCAGCAAGAACGCGAACACCCAGCCCGGGAGAGCUUCGCCUGACUAUGACGAAAGACGAGAGGACUCAGGCAGAAACCAGCCUAGUGGCCCCAGCCUGGAGGAGAUACAGCGGAUGCAGGCUGAUAAUGCUGAUGGUAUUCGCGAACAAUUGGCCAAGGACAUGGGUCGCAUGGAGAACCGCCUCGGUGAAGUCGAAACCAAGAUAAAGCAACAAGACGAUCGUCUUGAUAACAAGCUUCAAGCUUCCAAGGCUGAGGACCAGGAGGCCAACUCCAUCAUGGGUGACAAAAUGCAACAGAAGAUCGACUCGGUCAUCUUCAGCCAAGAGCGCCUCAAGAAACAAGUCGACUCACUGCAGAAUAAAGUGCAGGACACCCCGAAGAGCGUAGCCAACCUGAAGGACGACCUGAAUGAACUGGAGACUAAGUUGAACAAGAAGGUGGAUCAGGAGAGGAAAGAGAGGGUGGACGGCGUCAAGGAACUCCGUGGAGACAUUGACCGUAUUAUUGGCAGAGAAGAGCAGAAUGCGGCGUCUGUGCCCAGCCUGGCCCGUCUGAACCAAGACGUAGACGAGACGCAGACCGGGAUGAAGAAGCUGGCCGAAGCUGUGCACGUGGUGAAGACGUCCCUGUCGGAGAGGAUCAAGGACGAGAAAAAACUGAGGGAGCAGGAGGGCACCAUCGUGAGGCGCGACGUGGACCGCCUCAACACCAAGUACAACGAACUCAGGGAGAAGAUCAAGACCACCACCAGGGCCACUGCCGUCGCCUCUUAACUCCCUACAGGGCCUACACCUUCAUAUCACAAUCCAUUAACCACAAUUCCGUAUAUUUAUGUUGAGUGUAAAUAUGUAUGGGAACAAAUCAAAUUAUAAGUAAAGGAAUACUAAACUGAUCCGAAAAGCUGUUAUAGAAACAAUCUGUUCUUUCAAGCGUUGUAUUAUAUGCUACACUGACUUGAAAUGUGUUCUUUAAUAAGUAUUUCACACAACGUGAUAAUAUUGGCACUGCCUCUACAUAAUUCAAAAAAGAAAAACUAAUCAAGCUAAAAAUAAUUUGUCCACAUACGUAAGGCAACACUCCGCCCGCAAGUGUCAUGAUGGGGACCUGUCAACCUAAGGUCCAAUAUUAAUAUGAACAUCGAGCUGCAGUGGUUUUCUUGUCAGGUGUAAGGAUCUCACUAUGAAUACACCGAUGCAUAUUGAGGGGAAUCCGUUCGAGUGAUCAUGAUGAUGGUCAAAAAUUGGUGGUGACGCGCUGACUGAUGCCCCCAAGUACAUAUACAAGGAGAGCAUAAUGCCUCUUCGGUAACUCCAAUGAUCCAUUACGUUAUCUUGGCACAUAAGAAAAUAAGGAGUCUGCAAUAGGCCGGUUGGCCUGUGCAGUGUGCAUGGCAGCUCCUGUCGAG